UCUCCAUCUCCACCAGUUGCUGAUCCAACAAAGGAUGGAGAUUUCACAUUACAGUGUUCUCUGGUCAGAUUCAGAGGGUUGGGUCCUUGUCCAGAGAAGAGCCUCCUCUGGGUGGAUGAGACAGGAAGUGAGCUGCUUGGUGAAGGUGUUGGGUUCAAGUCUGGAGGACAGACUGACUGUGAUUCUAAUCUCACUGUGAAGCUUCAGAUCAGCAGCAACAGAAGAUACACCUGCCAGUUUGUUGAGGGAAACACAGUGAAGAUAAAAGCUCACUACACACCUGAGUUUAAAGUUAUCUACCACAGAGCUGGAGAUGAUGCUGUUCUGUCCUGUAAAAGACCUUCAUCAUCUCUCUCAUGCUCCGCUGUUGACUGGUUUUAUACGAGAGCUGAAAACAUGGAGCGUCAACAUGAAGUUCAUGGAGGAAAAGUUCAGAGUUCAGCUCGAGCUGCCAGGCUGAGGUUGGACAAUAACUGCUCUCUGAUCAUCAACAACAUCACUGCUGAGGAUGCUGGACGUUACACCUGUCAGCUUUGGGAUGGAGGACGCUUUGACACAGAUGUGUAUUUAAACAUGAUGAGCAUCUCUCCAUCUCCACCAGGUGCUGAUCCAACAAAGGAUGGAGAUUUCACAUUACAGUGUUCUCUGGAGAGAUUCAGAGGGUUGGUUCACUGUCCAGAGAAGAGCCUCCUCUGGGUGGAUGAGACAGGAAGUGAGCUGCUUGGUGAAGGUGUUGGGUUCAAGUCUGGAGGACAGACUGGCUGUGAUUCUUAUCUCACUGUGAAGCUUCAGAGCAGCAGCAACAGAAGAUACACCUGCCAGUUUGUUGAGGGAAACACAGUGAAGGUAGAAGCUCACUACACACCUGAGUUUAAAGUUAUCAGGGGAGAAGGAGUCCAUAUCUACCACAGAGCUGGAGAUGAUGCUGUUCUGUCCUGUAAAAGACCUUCAUCAUCUCUCUCAUGCUCCGCUGUUGACUGGUUUUAUACGAGAGCUGAAAACAUGGAGCGUCAACAUGAAGUUCAUGGAGGAAAAGUUCAGAGUUCAGCUCGAGCUGCCAGGCUGAGGUUGGACAAUAACUGCUCUCUGAUCAUCAACAACAUCACUGCUGAGGAUGCUGGACGUUACACCUGUCAGCUUUGGGAUGGAGGACGCUUUGACACAGAUGUGUAUUUAAACAUGAUGAGCAUCUCUCCAUCUCCACCAGGUGCUGAUCCAACAAAGGAUGGAGAUUUCACAUUACAGUGUUCUCUGGUCAGAUACAGAGGGUUGGAUCCUUGUCCAGAGAAGAGCCUCCUCUGGGUGAAUGAGACAGGAAGUGAGCUGCUUGGUGAAGGUGUUGGGUUCAAGUCUGGCGGACAGACUGGCUGUGAUUCUAAUCUCACUGUGAAGCUUCAGAGCAGCAGCAACAGAACAUACACCUGCCAGUUUGUUGAGGACAACACAGUGAAGAUAGAAGCUCACUACACACCUGAGACUGAAGCUUACACUGACUGGUCUCCUCUGAGCUUCAUCAUGAUGACUCUGAGGAUCACAGCACUGAUCCUGAUGGUUGGAAUCACUGUUGGUAUCAUCAGAACCAGAGGAAGCAAAAAGCCACAGAAAGACAUUAAUGUUCAUGAUGCUGUUGAUGACGACCCAGUGGACUAUGAAAAUGAUGAAGAACGUUCUGCUGCCACACUCUGCUGACCUUCAUCACAUCAGUUACAGAACAGGAAGAAUAAAGUCUCCACAGGCGACAGUCUCACCAGCAGAGCAUUCUGGGAUUUGUAGUAUAACUUGUUAAUGCUCUUUCUACCAGUGGACCGGCUCUAAUAUACCCUAUAAAUUAUCUCAUGGUGAUAUUUGGCCUGCAGUUCUGAGUCUGACCCCUCUGCUGUCAGGGGUCCAUUUUGACCUGUUUGGAUUCUGUUCUGACUCGGUUUAACUGCUCUGUCUGCAGAGUCUCAGAGCUGCUGGCUGUUAGUGGACUGACUGCAGCUCAUUAGCAGACGUCACAGUUCCUCUUUGACGGCUCAUGCUAAGGAAAUUACAUCAUGUUGAACAUAAAAAUGUAAACUAUAAAUAAAACUGUUUAAUAUUCUUCACAAUCAGACCCUUCAGCUAAAACAUGGCUCACUUUAGUUGAUCUGAGUGUUACAAGGUAAAUUAAUUAAAUGUAGUUUAAAUGAUUUUUUCUGACUAAACUUUGUACAACUAGUUCCUUCUGUUUGUGGUUUUCUGUCAGUUUCUAAAAAGCACAAAGUGACAGAACACGUGGUGGGUGUUGGUGUGAAGUUAUUUUCAUCCAUUAAUUCAGCUGAAAAG